AUCAUACACAAGUGCACAUAUGGUGAGCUGGACUUGACCAACGUCUCUAUAAGAUGAAUGUAGACGAAAUACUAACUCAAAUCGGUGGUUUUGGAUACUUUCAAAAGCGUCUAGCCAUUAUAUUAGGUAUAGUAAUCUUUAUACUUACUUUUCAGCCUCUUGUGGUGGUAUUCAUUGGGGCUGAUCCAUCUUGGAAGUGUAAAGACGAGGCAGCUUCAUGUGAGCUGAAUGGAACUUUCAGCYUCGGAGAUAAGAAUUAUAACGACCGAUGUACGAUGAAUAGGACUGACUGGAAGUAUACUGACGAGUUUACCUCCAUUGUGAMUGAGUGGGAUCUUGUCUGCGGAAGGRAAGCACUUGCCAGCUUAGCUCAAUCCAUUCUCUUCAUUGGAUGGAUUCCUGGAGCAUUUUUGAUUGGUCGACUGUCUGAUAAAUUUGGUCGUACAAGGGUGUUGUUUCCAGCAGUCAGUGCUGUAGCUAUAGCAGCAUUUAUUAGCUCAUUUGUUCAUGAUUUAUGGCUAUUCUUAUUGUUGCGAGCAAUAAUUGGAUUUUUCCAAGGUGGAGUCUUUAUAGUGCUCUUUGUACUCAGUACAGAAUUUGUUGGUCCAGACCACAGAAGUCUUGCUGGGACAUUAAACUGGCUCUUUUUUGCACUUUCUCUGAUGGUUCUUGAUGGAAUGGCUUAUGGUAUAAGGAACUGGAGACAUCUUUCUAUAGCUGUUUCAGCUCCUGCUCUUCCAUUAAUCAUUUUGUGGUGGUUCACCAACUCAAUGGUUUACUAUGGUGUUACUCUAAGCGCUGGUGCACUUGGUGGCAGUCUCUAUCUUAACUUCUUCUUGACCACUCUUGUGGAAUUUCCUGCUAACAUCUUUGCCAUUUGGUUCAUGAAUUUACAUGCAAAGAGUUGUGGCUUGUUUGGUAGGAAAAGAGCACUAUCCUUUGGACUGGUGUUAGCUUCAUUGUUUUGUGUACUUGUUUCAGCAAUUCCUCAAUCGGAGGACACAGGACACCAGGCCAUUAGGAUCACUGGAGCUGUGCUCGGCAAAUUCUGUAUAUCCAUUUCAUUUUGCACUAUUUAUGUUGCAUCAGCUGAAAUUCUUCCUACAGUAAUAAGGUAUUUUAAUCACAACAAAAUUAAGCAACAGAUUCAAACAUUACCAUCUACUUAUCAUUUAUCUCAAUAUUAUCAUCAUCUGACCGUCAUCUUUCCUAUGAAUGCUUUGCUUAAUUUUGUUGUGAUUGUUGAUGAUGAUCAUAUGUUACAGCGCUUCCCAAUCACGUGGGAAAUCAUGCAAUUUUGGUUAGAUGUCAAUCAAAGUGAUUCCAUGCUGAUUUCGCAAAAUACAUCAUACGUCUUAAAGGAAAUGCCUUAUUGACAUCCACCAAAACCAAUUUAAUUGCUGCAAUGGCGAAUGAUAUUAUUUUGUUGAUAGGUAAUAGUAUCCUAUUCGCAUCGGUCCCUUUCACCCUUAAUAAAUAAGAAUGAGAUAAUUUCAACCACGUUCAGUUAAAAUGGAGCAGAAAGAAACUGACAAAGGGGAUGGAGGAAAGACUGAACACAGUUGCUAGUUAGAGAGGGUGAGCACAAGAGGCUAACCGAACCAAAGGAAUACACCUGUUUCAAAAAAAGGUUUUCAUCAUCGAAAGCGAUAGGCGAUAGGCGAUAGGCGAUAGGCAAUAGUCAAAAAGUGAUAGGAGGUAGAUCAUUCCAAGAUCCAAGAAUAGCUGAAAUGACUUCUGUUUCUGCUUCUUAUUCUGGUCAAGAAAUGGACCUUAAUGAUGAGACUGAUUUAAUGUUCGUUGUAUUCAAUGAUACCAUUUCAAUGUCGGAAUGACCUAUCCCUAUUGCCUUUGGUGAUGAUAACGUUUAUUGAAAUAAGUGUAUAUAGGAAGCCAUUGAUUGCUACAAAGAGGUUCAUUUGAAACUGAGUGAGGCCGAUCUGACAGCGACCUUAUUAUUUUAUACUCGCUUUGUAAGGGAGUGGUGCGAAUAGUGUUUUUAACAUUAAAAUGGCAAUGUUAUUGCGUGCAAAUAUUGAAUUCUCAUACAUACUGAUUGUAAAGGAAGGCUUAUCAGCCCCGCCCACGAACACUUUAUUUUUGUAUCUAUUAUUAGUUACGUCAUAUCCUUAACGUUUCACUUAGU